CAAUUGAUUAUCUGAACAAGUCUUGAUUCAUUGUUUAAAAUUAAACCAACAAAAUUGCAAAAUUCUUGGAUCGAUGAAAAAAGUUAGGAACUGAGUUCAUUUUUUGAUCUCUUUCAAUGGAAGAUUUUUCAUUUCAUCGAUUAAUUUGGAUACGCAGAUAAAGUUUUGCCAAACUUUAAGUCAUUAAAAGUCGAGAGUCUGACGAGAAGGAAAAAGUUUAAACAAUAUUCAUUUUCUAGAUCAACUUUGAAUUCGAAUGAAAUGAGUUUAUCUGACUGAUCGAGAUUCACCGAGUUUCCUUGAUGAGUCAAUUUUGGAAAUUGAUUGAUAACAAGUGUCAACCUGAUGACUUGGUCAGGCUUUUCGAUAAACUUGAAAAAGUCAGUAAAUCGACUUGGAUCUGUCUCAAUGGUUAUUCCCAGUCAAAGAAGGUUGAUGCAGUUAAAAUUUAUGGAAACUUUUUUCUGUGUUUCUACUGCCUUUUGACUUGCCUUCGUUUUCUGACAAUCGCACUCGUCCAAGAUGAAAUUAUUAGAAUUGUUUUGGGUGACACUUUUAUCGGUCACUCGGAACACAUGCUACUCAACAUCAUGUGCUUUGGAACAUCUGCUAUUUUAGUGAGCGUCAAAACUGCCAUAACAUAUGGAGAGUUUCGUUCUCGGCUGCAAAUAUUGCAAUUUUUUAGUCACCUUCGAUCAGUUAAGUUUUCAACUUUCCAUUCGAAACAAGUGAAUGAUCAAAAAUUUCGUCGAUUGAUCUUCCUGCUUGGUCGAAGCUUGCACACUUUCAUUUACAUUGCUUGCAGCAGCAUCGCUAUAAUUCACAUACAAGCCAUGAUCAGGAAUCCGCAAAUUUCACGAGAAAUUUUUCUUUUCCAAUUGAUUUGGCUUCCUUGGGCUAAUGGCACCUUUUAUCUUGCUGGCUUGGCAGUUUAUUGGUUUUUCAUUCACGUUGUCAUUUUCAUUUCGUUUUCCGUUCAAUUGAUGGACUCGGCGAUUGAUGCAACUCGCGAGUUGAAUCGUGAAAUGAUGACAAAUGAACAUGAAAUUAAAGUUAUUGAAAGAAAAUUGUAUCGACUUUACAAAUCUCAAAAUGACCAUUACAAUCAGAUUGACUUGUUUCUCGACAACUUUUCAUCGUCUACUUUCUUAAGCUUCUUUAUGGGCUCUUUUUUCGCCGAUUUAUCCUUUUUCUGUGGCAAUUAUGUUGGAACGGGAAAUUUUGUCAUUGAUUUUGUCUUGAUGUUUCUCGGCACAAUUAUAAUAGCAAACAUAUUACAGUAUGCGCUCUUUGCUUCAGGUUCAUCCAAAAAGAUUGAAAACUUUCGCAAGAUGAUCUAUCAUAUAUUACGGACGUCAUCCAAUUAUCACGCAAUGUCAUUAAGUUUGAAAAUUAAAAUUAAGUUUUUGACAACCUUGGAGCGAAUGUCGAUAAAAAAGAUUGGAUUCUACGUUGGAACUCUAUUUUGUAUGGAUAAAUAUUAUUGUGUCAUUUUUCUAUUAGAAAACAUCAGUCUAUACUUGCUAUUUGUGUCUAACAUCACCAAAAAUCAACCUGCAAACCUUGAAAUGGACUGACUCUGUGCAUGGAUGAUGUUUCGUUUGUUUUUUAGUCGGGGGUAUCAACGACUAUCUAGAAAAAGCAUAUCUAGAAAUUUUGGACAACGCAUUUUUAUAACAUUUGAUGAACAAAAAACCAUUUUGCAAAACAACAAUAUUCAUCGAUUACAAAGACCAUGAAGAUUUCACUGUAAACUUGAAUUAUGCUACUUUUCCUAUUCUUUUAAACUUUUCAAUUGAUGACAAUUAAAACAAAUAAUAUUAUUACCAAUCAGUCUUGAAAAUUUGAUGAACUAAUAGCUUUUC